CCGCCCCGCCCCGCCCCGCCCCGCCGCACAUGUGCUGCCUCGGUCCCUGCACACUUGCGCUGUCACUCAGCCCGCCGCGCUUCCAGUCCAGAGCGCGAGGUGCCCGCCGGACACCAAGCCGGACACUCGCCCUCGCGGCCCGCUGACCCGCAUGGACGCCGCGCUCCUCCUGGCCCUCGGGCUGCUGGCGCAGAGCCUGGACCUGUCCUGGGGGGACCCUGGGCGGCCCGGCAUCUUGCACCCCUGGCGCCGGCUGCCUGCACCGGGCCGAGUGCGGAGAGCUUGGGUCAUCCCACCUAUCAGCGUGCCAGAGAACUACAAGGGGCUGCCCUACAUGCUGGUGCAGAUCAGAUCGGACAAGCGGCAGCCAGGAGGGGUCAUCUACAGUAUCCAGGGCCCCGGUGUGGAUGAGGAGCCCCUUGGUCUCUUCUCUGUGGAGAAGUUCUCAGGGCGGGUGUUCCUCAACGCAGAGCUGGACCGGGAGAAGACGGCCUCCUACAGGCUCAAGGUCUUCGCCCUGGACCUGGGAGGAUCCGUCCUGGAGGAGCCCACGGACCUGGAGAUCGUGGUUGUGGAUCAGAACGACAACCGGCCGGCCUUCGUGCGGGAGGUGUUCGCCGGCCGCGUGCUGGAGGGUGCGGCCCCAGGCACCUAUGUGACUAGAGCUGAGGCCACCGACGCCGAUGACCCCGACACGGACAAUGCGGCGCUGCACUACUCCAUCCUGGAGCAGGGCAGCCCUGAGCUCUUCAGCAUCCAUGCGCGCACGGGGGAGAUCCGCACGGUGCACGUGGGGCUGGACCGCGAGGCGGUCGCCGUGUACAACCUGACACUGCAGGUGGCAGACAUGUCUGGAGAAGGCCUCACUGCCACAGCCUCAGCCAUCAUCUCUGUGGAUGACAUCAAUGACAAUGCCCCUGAGUUCACCAGGGAUGAGUUCUCCAUGGAAGCCACAGAGGCUGUCAGUGGAGUGGAUGUGGGGCGACUGGAGGUGGAGGACAGGGACCUGCCCGGCUCCCCCAACUGGGUAGCCAACUUCACCAUCCUGGAGGGUGACCCCAGUGGACACUUCGGCAUCCGAACAGACCCCAGAACAAACGAGGGUGUGCUGUCUGUGGUGAAGCCCUUGGACUAUGAGAGCCACGCACACUACGAGCUCAGGGUGUCCGUGCAGAAUGAGGCCCCGCUGCAGGCCGCCCCAACCCGGAUCCAGCGGGGCCAGGCCAGGCUCAGCAUCCGGGUGCAGGACAUCAACGAGCCGCCUGUGUUCCCCGAGAACCCACUGAGAACCAGCCUGGCUGAGGGGGCAGCGCCAGGGACCUUCGUGGCCACCUUCUCCGCGCAAGACCCAGAUGUGGAGCAGCUGCAGAGGGUCAGCUACUCCAAGGACUACGACCCGGAGGACUGGCUGCAGGUGGACGGGGCCACUGGCAGGGUGCAGACGCAGCGGGCGCUGAGCCCCGCCUCCCCGUUCCUGAAGGACGGCUGGUACCGGGCCGUCGUCCUGGCCCUGGACGACGUGCUGGUUCUGCUCGUGCUGCUCAGAGCGCGGUUCCGGCCGCGGUCGCGGGACAGGAGCCUGCUGCGCGGUCCGCUCGACGACGACCUUCGGGACAACAUCCUCAACUACAACGAGCAGGGCGGCGGCGAGGAGGACCAGGAUGCCUACGACUUAAACCAACUGCGCCACCCCUCGGAGCUGGCGGCGCCGAGCUUCCCCCCGGGCCGGCCGCCCCUGCGCCGCGAGGCCCCUCUGGGCCGAGGGCGCCCCCAGGCGCCGCGCCCGCCGCCCGCCAGCCCCGCGGACAUCGCCAGCUUCAUCCGCGACGGCCUUCAGGCGGCGGACAGUGACCCCAGCGUGCCCCCCUACGACACCGCUCUCAUCUACGACUACGAGGGGGACGGCUCCGCGGCGGGGACGCUGAGCUCCCCCGUGUCCAGCCUGGGGGACGAGGACCAGGACUACGACUACCUCCAGGACUGGGGCCCGCGCUUUGCCAGGCUGGCGGACCUGUACGGACACCCGUGAGGCUGGACGGGGCAUGGGACGUGCUAUCUGGAUGCAGCCUCCGCGCUGCAUGUCUCAUCCUGGGCACUUGGAGACCCAGGCGGAGGCGGCGGCCAGUCUGGGCCAGGUCUGGGGGACAAGAGCCGGCCAUGGAGCAGGUGUUCGCCUUUGCCGCCCCCUGGUGGAUGCGGCUCUGCAUGACACUAGGGGCCCCGAGUGUGAAUCUGAAUUAAAAAACAAGGCGUUCACCGGA